AUGGAAAUUAUCAAGAACCUUUCAAGCAAGACCAGAGAGGAGGAGAGCAUGCAGCUGGCCCUUGCCAGCACCUAUGAAGAGGAGACCAUUACAGAUCACUAUGCCAUACUCAAUACCCUCGGUAAAGGGGCCUUUGCUGAGGUGAAGUUGGCUUGCCACCUCCUCACAAAUAUGAAAGUCGCAGUUAAAAUCCUUGCGAAUGGUGAGGAGAGUGAUGUUAAUAAUAGGAAAGAACUCAACUUCAUGAAAGAGCUGGACCACCCGUACAUAAUAAAGCUCUUCCACAUCAUCACCAGCAAAGACCACACCUAUAUGGUGUUGGAGUUUGCUGCUCAUGGCGAUCUAGUCACGCUCAUUGAGGAGGGUGGCCCCCUUCAGCAGACACAGGCCCAACACAUCUUCUGCCAGAUGGUGUGUGCAGUGCACUACUGCCACGAUAAUGACAUCGCCCACAGGGACAUCAAGCUAGAUAACAUCCUGCUUGAUGGCAAAGGAAACAUCAAACUGUGUGACUUUGGCAUGGCCAUCAGAGUAAGCUCUGGGCAGAUGUGCAAGGGAUUCUGUGGCACAAUUGAAUACUGUGCUCCAGAGCUAUUCAAUGACACCGAUUAUGAUGCAAAGGCAGUUGACAUCUGGAGCAUGGCAGUGGUUUUAUAUGCAAUGUUGACAGCGAGGUUCCCAUUCACAGGAAGAACCUAUCCAGUCAUGAAGGAGGUGAUGCUGAAUCCCAUAUACUAUAUUCCUUACACACUCUCUCAAAAUCGUUUGCUUGUGCAUCUCAUUGUGCACUUGUUCACUGUGAACCCUGAGCAGAGGCCCACAAUAUGUGACAUUAGGCAGCACCAGUGGAUCAGAGACAGGGAAGAAUUUUGGAAACUCCCACCAUCCUCAGAGUCAUUCUGUAACAAACAAAAUCCCAACAUUGUGCUGGCUAUGUGGGGUAUGGGCUACGAUCCCAAGGCUAUUAGUGAUUGUCUACGUGAGAAAAAAUUCAAUAACGUCAUGGCCACAUACCUAAUUUUAAACCAAGAGUCACCCCAGGACCACACUAAGUCUUCCACUAGGUACUUGCAGGCUUGUGUCGCUGUGUCAUCACCAGGUGCUCUCACUUCCCUUCCUCCUAAGAGGAGAGUGAGUGAGUCUGCCCUUCCCACCCUCGGCCUGCUGGCUGAACAUCAGGGGCAUGAUGAGAAGUGUUCAAGAAAGCAGGAGACCAGAAGUCUGAGCAUGCCUGCCACCUUGUGCUGCCUGCUGGAGGAGGAAAAUCCUCCCCACCCGGUACCCACGUGUGCUCCUGAGGUUUCUCCUCUCCUGAGCAGAAGUUUGGCAGUAGGUAGCAUGGUUUGCAAUGAGUUAUCCUCAGGAUGCCCAUUCUCUGAGUGUAUUCCUUCUGCACAGUGUUUGUCCUGCGAGAAGCCCCAGGAAAUGACCACCCCCAAGAAUAGCUCAGGUUCUCAGAGUACAGGCUCUGCAAAGAAGGAAAGGGAGACACCUGAGGGUAUGAGCACCAUUGAAAUCCUUGGAACUCAGAGAUCUUCCCUUCAGACAACAUCCAAGAACAACUUAAAGGGUGUCCUUCCUGAAGAUGUAAGUGCAGCCUCUGCCAGCAGUCUGUCCAAAGGCUGGAAGAGGGUUAAGAAGAGAAUUGGUAAUUGUAUGAGAUUUCUGUGCUGCUGUCUGCCACGCUCAAGGAAAAGCUAUGUUUUUCAGAAGGAAGAGGCAACACUGGAAGGAGACAGCAUUGCAGGUGCACACACACAGCUAAGUGGGUUGCACAAGAUGCACUUCAGUGUUAAUAAUCUAUAUGUUUUAUAA